GUUUGGUGUCUGAGAGGCUGCGUCCAUGUGAAAUGCAGAGGAAUGAUGCUGCCUGGCACAGCGCCCACUCCAGUCUGCACACCACACUGCUAAAAUCACGCCUCACUGGCUUCCCCUCUAAUUGGUUCCACACAAGCUACCGUGGAGAGCUCACCUGUUUUAAUUGGACUACUAUCGCGACAGGUUGUCCGAGUGACGUCGAUGCGACUGGUCGACCACUUACAAUUGUCAGAGGGAUAUCGGAUAACAACCCAAAUUGAUCACCGAAAAGGACUGCAGCAGUCGCGCGACCAAGGGACGUGCUGCUCACCAGGCCGACAGUCUGCGGCGGAGCAGCGAGCACAGGCAAAUCAGCCUGUGAAUGCUUGCAGGACAGAAGGCUGUGCGCGUUUCGACAUGGGCCAGCGGUGGUAAACAGCCUGGUGUAAUAAACCAAAGAUUUGGUUGCAUCUGCUUCAUAUUUGAGCUCCUACGUGAACAGGAGAACAGGGACAUUGACUUACUUUAAGCGUGGGUAAAAACUCUGGAAUCAGCUGCUUUCCUCUCUAGAAGGCAGUGCUGGACGCGGGAGCUGCUCCAACGUUAUUCGUUGCAUCGGCUUGCAGGCUGAGACCAUCAGCAUUGAAGCCUUCAUUUUUUUGCGCAAGUGGACGGUGCGCCCCUGCGUUUGGAGCCAUGGGUUGUACGGUGAGCGCCGAGGAUAAGGCUGCCGCGGAGAGGUCAAAGAUGAUUGACAAAAACCUCCGAGAGGACGGAGAGAAGGCAGCCAGAGAAGUGAAGCUGCUUUUAUUAGGCGCUGGGGAAUCUGGGAAGAGCACCAUUGUAAAGCAGAUGAAGAUCAUCCAUGAAGAUGGCUACUCAGAAGAUGAGUGCAAGCAGUACCGAGCAGUGGUUUAUAGUAACACCAUCCAGUCUAUUAUGGCCAUUGUUAAAGCCAUGGCCAGUCUCAAGAUAGACUACAGCAACCCUGGCAGAUUGGACGAUGCCCAGCAGCUCUUCGCCCUGUCUGCAGCUGCUGAAGAACAGGGCAUCUUUCCUGAUGAUCUGUCCAACGUGAUGAGGCGUUUGUGGGGUGACAGAGGCAUACAGAGUUGCUUUGCACGGUCGCGAGAGUACCAACUCAACGAUUCUGCAGCAUAUUACCUGAAUGACCUGGAGAGGAUAGCUAAAGCAGAUUACAUUCCCACCCAGCAAGAUGUGCUGCGGACUCGGGUCAAGACCACUGGCAUUGUGGAGACUCACUUCACCUUCAAGGAACUGCACUUCAAAAUGUUUGAUGUGGGAGGCCAACGCUCAGAGAGAAAGAAGUGGAUCCACUGUUUCGAAGGAGUCACAGCCAUUAUUUUUUGUGUUGCACUGAGUGCUUAUGACCUGGUGCUGGCUGAGGAUGAGGAGAUGAAUCGAAUGCAUGAGAGCAUGAAGCUGUUUGACUCCAUCUGCAACAACAAAUGGUUCACUGAGACCUCCAUCAUCCUCUUCCUGAACAAGAAGGAUCUCUUUGAGGAGAAGAUUACUCGCAGCCCUCUUACCAUCUGCUACCCAGAAUACACAGGAGCCAACAAGUUUGAUGAAGCUGCCAGUUACAUUCAGACUAAGUUUGAGGACCUGAACAAGAAAAAGGACACAAAGGAGAUCUACACUCACUUCACCUGUGCCACUGACACCAAGAACGUGCAGUUUGUCUUUGACGCCGUCACUGACGUCAUUAUUAAGAACAACCUGAAGGACUGUGGUCUUUUCUAAAGAGCGAUUCCCGACGCACACAGACUGCAUGAGAGACUGCAAGAGCCAUGUGAUUAUUACUGCUUUUCAUAAUGAAAACCAUAACAGACUUGAUUCCUAGAGGGGAACCUUAAAGAACAUCAACAAUCACUGAUUUGCAACCAUUACAUUCUCUGUCAAUUGUGUUAAUAUUUUUGUUUGAAAUAUAUGUCUUACUGCUCUUGAUCAGGGGUUCUCAUACUAUUCAUACUGAGUGCCUGCAAAUAUAUAUUUGAUCAAGGACCCCCUUUUCGGUUUUCAAAUUAGAUUUGUAACCUUAAUUAUAUUAUCCGACUGGUUUAAAGCUUUAGUGCGUAACUUUUUGAUAUUAAUAAACAUCCGUUACAUUCAAGCCAUUGCCAAAUGAGCUGCUACAAGGCUAAUUAAGACUAUCAGC